AUGACGGGGUUGGAGAAUGCACUGGAGCACACGGCCGGCCACGGCAAAACCGCCUCGGGUGUCUCAGUCAAGACAUUUGUGGCCUCGCUGACAACGGCUAUCACUGUUUUCGUGGUCGAAUUUCUGCUUUUUCUGCUACUCAAGGGUAAAUUGACCCGCAUAUAUCAACCACGAACUUACUUAGUCUCGGAUCGAGAACGAACGAAACCAUCACCACCGGGGCUCCUCCGCUGGAUUGGCCCGGUGUUUCGAACGUCCAACUCGGAAUUCAUUCAAAAAUGUGGACUAGAUGCAUACUUCUUCCUACGAUAUUUGCGUAUGCUGCUCAAGAUCUUCUUCCCUCUCGGAAUCUUGAUUUUACCCAUCCUGCUUCCAAUUAACCGUAUCGGUGGAAAGGGUACAACUCACCAAAAUGGCACAAACUCGUCCUCAACGUGGAAAGUCACUGGUUUGGACCAGCUGGCUUGGGGAAAUGUCAAACCUGAGAACACCAGUCGGUAUUGGGCUCACCUUGUCAUGGCGGUCAUAGUCGUUUUUUAUGUCUGCGCCAUCUUCUUCGACGAAUUACGAGGAUAUAUACGCCUACGCCAGGCCUAUAUGACCUCCCCUCAACAUCGACUUCGUGCCUCCGCGACCACCGUGCUGGUUACGGCUAUUCCGCCAAGCUGGCUGGACGUUGAUUCUCUCGACUCUCUCUUCGACGUCUUCCCGGGCGGUGUUCGAAAUAUUUGGAUCAAUCGGAACUUCGACGACUUGAACGAAAAGGUGAAGGAGCGGAACGAACUUGCGCUCAAGCUUGAAUCCGCCGAGACGGACCUCAUCGUCAAAUGUAAAAAGGCCGCGCUGAAGAAACUGAAAGCCGAGGCAAAGAAAUCUGGGAAGAGCAAAGUUAAAGCCGAAGAUCGAGAAAAGGUGGCCACCGAUGAGCGUGCGGCGCAAAUUGCGAUGGGACCCGGUGUCAGUUCCGGUGAUCCACAUCAGGCGCACACGCUGCAUGACAUCCUUCACCAACAAUCAGAAAACCACAAGCGAAGCACAGCUGAGGGAUUGAGGACCGGUGUACUAGACCCAGCUCUCGCAAUUCCUCUCGCAGCAGCGGGCGCAGCUGGCCAAGGAGUCGGCAGACUAGGCAAGUCAGUACUGGGCGGCUUCAAGAAGGUCGAAGUUGGCUUUGACGGCAAGUUGUCACGAACGGGCGGCUAUGUCGAUACUACAGAGGAAAGCGUGCCUUCUCGAACAAGUAAUCCGACGGCCAAUGAAGAGGACUCCCCUACCAACGAGUUUUCUCUUGGCCCUGUUUCCUCCGCCACCAAACUCCCUACCCCCGAGCCCCCAAUCGCAAGCUCCGUAUGUCGUGAUCCGCAGCCGCCACCGAAGCGACCAUCUUGGAAACAGCGACUGUCCUCUCAUACAUCUAAACAUUCUGCACCAGACCCUGAUGAAUAUCCUCUAACUGGCCCCGAUACGCCUGUCGAUGCUGCACCCCGUCGUGAGUCAGCUAAGUCUUCUGAAAAGGUCGAUGAGAAGAAGGAAAAUUGGAAAAAUCUCAAAGAGGGUGACAAGGUGGAAGGAGAGGAAUAUCCUGUCGCCUACAAUGAGGAUUUUGACAACGAAGACUACGGAGAGCCGAUGUGGCAGAGAUACAUUCGCCAAAAAGACCGGGAUACGUACCGCCUUCCUAUCUUUGGUUGGAAGUGGAUGCCUUCGCUUUGGCUCAUCGGGAAAAAGGUCGAUACGAUUGACUACUGUCGGAAGGAAAUUGCUCGGUUAAACCUGGAGAUCGAGGUCGAUCAGCAGCACCCAGAACGAUUCCCGCUGAUGAACUCAGCAUUCAUCCAAUUCAACCACCAGGUUGCGGCGCACAUGGCAUGCCAGUCCGUUGCCCAUCAUCUGCCUAAGCAAAUGGCACCCCGCAUCGUGGAAAUCUCUCCUGACGAUGUAAUCUGGGACAACAUGUCUAUGAAAUGGUGGGAACGCUAUCUGCGUACCAUUGGUAUCAUUACCCUGGUCUGUGCCAUGGUUGUCGGGUGGGCAUUCCCCGUUGCCUUUACCGGACUGCUUUCCCAAAUGAUAUACUUGGAGGGCGCAUUUCCAUGGCUGGCUUGGAUCGGCAAGUUGCCGGACUGGUUUAUAUCUGCUGUCCAGGGUAUUUUGCCCGCAACCUGUUUGGCCAUCCUUAUGGCCCUCCUGCCCUUGAUUCUCCGCUUCUUGAGCCGGACACAGGGCCUCCACACGGGCAUGGCCAUUGAGCUGACUGUCCAGAACUACUAUUUUGCGUUCCUGUUCGUCCAGCUGUUCCUGGUUGUAACAAUUGCCUCCAGUUUCAGUACGGUCAUCGACAAUGUCGCUAACGUGACCAGUUGGCCGGAAAUGUUGGCGAACAACAUUCCAAAGUCAAGUAACUACUUUUUUUCGUACAUGAUUCUACAGGCAAUGUCUGUGAGUGCCGGUGCGCUUGUGCAAAUUUUCGGUCUGCUCAGCUGGUUCGUUCUCGCUCCUAUCUUAGACUCAACUGCUCGAAAGAAGUGGGCUCGGACGACCAACCUCAAUCAGAUGCAGUGGGGUACUUUCUUCCCCGUCUACACGACGCUGGCCUCUAUCGGGUUGAUCUACUGCGUGGUUGCGCCUCUUAUUCUCGUGUUCAAUAUCAUUACGUUCAGCCUGUUCUGGUUCGUUUAUCGCUACAACACGCUAUACGUGACAAAAUUCCGCUUCGACACCGGCGGUCUGCUGUUUCCUCGUGCCAUAAAUCAGCUCUUCACCGGGUUGUAUGUGAUGGAACUGUGUUUGAUCGGCCUGUUCUUUUUGGUUCGAGAUGAGCAGGGCAAAGUGGCCUGUCAAGGCCAGGGCAUCUGUAUGAUUGUCAUCACGGUCUUGACUCUCGGAUACCAAAUCCUUCUGAGCGACGCUUUCGGGCCCUUGAUUCGGUAUCUGCCCAUCACUUUGGAAGACGAAGCCGUCCGUCGCGAUGCAGAGUUCGAACGUGCUCAACACGCCCGGCUUGGACUCGGCGUCGACGAUGGCGAAGAAGAGGAUGAGCAUCUCGAGAGGCAGCUUGCUGAACAGGAACAACACGAACGUGACCAGGAUCAGAGCGGACGAGAUAUUGAGUUGGACAACUUUGAGGCCGAUCGAAAGGCUCAGCUGCAUCGAAACAACUCGAGUGGCCUACUUUCGACGCCAAGAAGUGCUACCAAGCGACCAUCGUGGGCCGAUCGCUCUCCAAACCGAAAGUCCAAGUUCUUUGGUGUCAAUUCAGGCAAUUCCAACCCGACUCUUAAAUCCUUGCGCGAAAAGAUGGCACAGGAUGUGGAGGCCCAAGGGCCAUCCGCCAAGGGUGGCCAUGCCUUAUUCGCAGGCAUCCAUGACGAAUUAGAGGAUCUAACGCCCGAUGAACGUGACCAACUGGUGCAGCGUGCUUUCCAACACCAAGCACUCCGCGCCAAGCGGCCCGUCAUCUGGAUCCCUCGUGAUGAUUUAGGGGUCAGUGACGACGAGAUCUACCGGAUACAGCGGUUCAGCAAGCACAUCUGGGUCAGUAACGAGUACCAAGCGCUGGACGGUAAAUGUCGGACUAUAUUCAGUCGCAGUCCACCGGAUUUCUCAGAGGUGGACUUGAUUCAAUUAUGA